AUGUCUUUCUCCAGCCAGCUCAGCUCCCGCUGCUCUGCGCCCUGCGAGGUGUCCUGUCCCCAGCCCCUGGCCAGCGCCUGGAGCCAGCCCUGCGUCACCUCCUGCGGGGACUCGCGGGCCGUGGUCUACCCUCCGCCCGUGGUCAUCACCUUCCCGGGGCCCAUCCUCAGCUCCUGCCCCCAGGAGAGCGUCGUGGGAUCCGCAUUCCCAUCGGGAGUGGAGCGCCCCAUGGGCCUGCAGGGCUCCCUGGUCUACGGGGGCUUCUUGUCCUCCUCCUCCUCCUCCAGGAAUGUCUGGAGCCAGCGCUCCGGGGGCUGCGGGCCCUGCUGA